UUUCAGUGUUAACCUGCUCUAGUGGAGACCUCAAUCAAGUCAAGAUUUUUUUUUCUUUAAACUGCAUUAUUUUUAUGCAAUAAGUACACUGUAUAAAUGAAAUAUAAAAAAUCCUUAUGUGAAACCUAAUAACGAACUUAUGUGAAACAUACUUACAAAUUUAUUUUUAUUUGUUUAUAUUAUUUCUUGAAAUCAACAAAAGAUCGAAAGAAUAAAUUUGUGCAUUUCUCGUGAUAAGAAUAGCUACAUUUGUUUGAAUAUAUUAUAUUUUUAUGCAAACCGACAACGUACAUAUCUAUUGCAGAGACAAGAGGUAGUGUGCCAGCCUUUCCUACCUGGAGAUAAAAAAAAAGUUUAGUAAACAAAGCAGAGCGUAACGUAAACAGGUGUUUCAUUACAUGGUUAGUUUACAUGGUAAAUAUGUUAAAUUUAAAGCUUAUUACCACGAAAAAUAAGGUUUACAAUUUUUAAAAUUGAUAAACUAAUGCGCCAUUCAUUUUUCAACAAACGAAAGAAGAAGUUUCCACAAAUUUAAAACCCACCGAACCACUUGUUUUAUCUACGAUCUUGAUAUAGUUGUACAAAAGAUACGUCGUGUGCCAUGCAGUUUGAUUCUAUGUACAGUGUCUCAAAUAAAAUUUUAUAAUAUGUGGUGCUGUUUUACAUUGUUUUUUUUUUAAAUCAACGGUGAUUACCAAUAGUUAAAAUAAUUAAUGGUGAAAAAUAAAAUUACCGAGAAAAAAAUAAUUCUAAAAAGUAAAAACCUUACAACAAGGUCACUUGAACAAACUUGUUUCAACAAAAGUAGCAGAAAACAGGUUUAUGUUAUAAAUAGAUAUACAGGCAACCAAGAAAAAAAGAACCAAAAGAAUCAGGAAUCUUCCAAUGCUCUUUACGUAUAUAGUAAAAGAUCGCAGAAGAUGUUAAUUGCGUAGAUAUCAUACAUAACGUGCCAUGUUCAAUGACGCUUAAAAAUAAUACAUAGCGAAGAAAUGCACAUAAACCGAAAGGAAUUUCUCUUAUUGAAAUGGAACUUUCGUUUUAUAUGGAAUCGAAUCGGUCCUGUGACGUCAAACUGAGCUAAACCGGGACUUUUGGCCAUGCGGUUGCGAAUUCGGUUGAAAUGGUAUAAAAAGAAGGUCUGUCAACACCGUACAGCAUCAGUCGAGCCCCAUCAAGUGCAUCGUGCAACAAGCUUUCCGUCGCAAAUAUCGUUUGAAUUCUGCAGAAGCUUUCAAACAGUACAACAAUGUUCAAGCUCCUGUGUCUGUUUGCUGUCGUUGUGGUCGUAGCAGCGAUGCCUCAUGCACCCCAAUGGCCCGCUCCAGGGUCAGCUCCGGUGGGAAGACUCGUGAAACGAGAAGUGAAGGAACCUUCAAAAAUGGCGAACAACAAUCCCGAAACCGUCCACGAAGAAGGUAGCGCAGUUGCUGCUGAUGAUGAUAUGGAUAAGGCAGAGACUUUCGGCUUUGGAUAUCAUCACUACUACGCCUAUCCUCGGUACUACUAUCCCAGCUACUACUAUGGAUACUAUCCUCGCUAUCACUAUGAUUACUACUGGUAAAAUGGAAACGAAAAUCGGUCUUAUUUAUUGAAAAUAAUAUAAAAUUGAAACACAAAACAAA